AUCAAAACCUUGUUUCUCAAGUAGCUAACGCAAACAGGAGAACAUGUCUUGGACCACGUGUUGGAUUAUAUUGGCUCUGGCGGCAACUACCCGGUCCGCUUUAUUUCGAGUUACGUCACAGGUCUACAUGGAUAUUUCGAUUGACGGUAAGGUGCAUGGCCGGGUGAUAAUCGGACUGUUCGGCGAAGAGGCACCGAAAACGGUGGAGAAUUUUCGUGAAAUCUGCAUCAACGGCAUCGAUGGAAUCUCUUACAAAGGAAGUCGAAUUCAUCGUGUUAUUCAAAAGUUUAUGGUUCAAGGUGGGGACAUCGUAUCGGGAGAUGGUCACGGGUCGAUCAGCAUAUACGGCUCUUAUUUCGACGACGAAAACCUUAACAUCAAUCACACCAGUUCGGGCUUUGUGGCGAUGGCCAACCGUGGACCGAAUACCAACGGUUGUCAGUUCUAUAUCACCACCAUGCCGGCACCGUGGCUCAAUGGAAAGCACACAAUUUUCGGUAAGGUACUCGAUGGACAGGGCAUCGUUCAUAAGGUCGAACAACAGAAAACGGACACCGAUGACUAUCCCAUACCGACGAUUAUCAUCGAGAACUGCGGCGAUGAGCCGAUUGACGAACCGUUCAUCAUCUCCGAUGAUCCAUACGAUUUGUGGGCAUGGAUUAAGGCUGCCUACUUUCCGCUGGGAAUGAGCUUCUCAAUUCUGGCAUGUUUUCAGUACAUAAUUAGAAAGCUUGAUGUGUAUUCUUAA